GUGAAAAUCUGUUCUUCUAGGAAAAUCUGUAUUUACAGACGAAAAACACACAGUUUUUCUCCCCGUGCACCGUGUUCUUGAACGUAUAGUUGAAGCCAAUUCCAAUCCAGUAUAUUACCGCUCGCAAGCGGUAGAAAAAUAAGCGUCAUCCAGACAUUCGUAUAGUACAAAGUGUUGACGGAUAGUAUUCGAUAGUGGGCGCAGUUGUACGAAGGCACUGCAUAAAAAAGACCUAAAAAUGGUCCUUCCAAGAGGCGGCGGAGGCCGUGGAGGAUAUCAUUCCCGUGGAGGUAGUUCACGUGGUGGCGGUCGUAGCUCGUAUCAUGGCAGUGGCAGCUACCACAAUUCUAACCAUAACAGCAGCUAUGACAACCGGAACGAUUCGCGAAACAAUCGGUACGGUAGCAGCAGCACCGGCGGUGGCGGCAACACCGGUGGUAGUGGCGGAGGUUACGAUUCACGGAACUCAUCCCGUUAUGAAUCGGAUUCGCGCUACUCGCGGCACGAUGGCCGCAACGAUAGCUACAAGCGAAACAAUUCAUCAAAAUAUGAGGAUAACCGAGAUCGCCGCUCGCCGGAUCGAAAACGUCCUCGUAACGAUCACAACUCGCAGGGAGGAAGUUCGCGGCGGGAGUAUGGUGGUAGCAGCACGGUUGGAGGACGCGGCGGUGGAUCAUCGUCGAAUCGGUACCACGAGGGAGGCAGUUCCGGUUCAGGUUCGUACGAGAAGCGUGGCAGCCACGAUCAUCACUCGUCGACGUCGGGCGGUGGCGCGGGUGAUGGCAACUCGAGCCGGAGCAAGUUCGAGCCGCAUCACCGGAGCAGUAGCAGUGCCAGCCGAAGCCACGGUGGAGGUGAUUCCGGCAGUUCUUACAGGUCGCGCGAUAACAAUUCGUCGAGCAUGGGCCCGCCCCGGUCGGUGGCGAUGCGGACCAGCGGUAGCGGUGGCGGAAGUGGUCGCUCAAUGAUGCGCCCACCGAUGAGCGAAGGCUCACGGAUGAUGGGUGGACGUGGCGGCAGCAGCAGUUCCCACGGCAUGGGAAGCGGUAUCGGCGGAGGAAUCCACCGACGCGGGUCGAUGAGGGGCCGCAUUUCUCACUAUCGUUCCGACGGAAGGCGUGGGAUGCUGAGCUCGCGCAUCAUCGGCGUCAGCAGUCACCAUCGGCGCACCGAUAUGCGGCCGAUGUCGCUCCACAACCGACGCUAUCCGUCGCUGCGUGGCCGGGGAGAAUUGCGUAGUCGCAUCCUUGGUGGAAGAAUCGGAGAGAAACGGAUGCAUGAUAUGACCACCUCAAAAAUGGCCAGCAAGUCCCUCAUUAAACGGGCACUGGCGGCCGCGAAAGAAUUGGGUGACGAUUCGGCUUCCGAGAACGAUGUUGACGACGACGAUGACGACGACGCGGAAGAUGCGGGUGUGGACGAUGAAGCAGGUGAACCGACGCCUAAAAAGCAACGGAAGUCGUUGGUCGAAUCGGCCGAAGCGGAUAUCAAUUCCAAGAAGGAAGACGAUGGGGAUGAUGCGCAAGAGGAAACAAAGAUUAAGCAGGAGAAAACCGAGGAUGACGAUGAUGACAAUACUGGUACCGCAGGGGGCGAAGAACAGGCUCCGGUGAAGAAGAAGGUUCCGAAAAAGGAACCUUCCUCGACAAAAAAAUCGCUGGAUGAGUCCAAGGACGAAGGAAGUGAGAAGAAACGAUCGACAACGAUCACCACCAAGUACCGCUCGUCAUCGUUUAUUAAACUGACUUGUGCCCAUUGUAGUUACAAGUGCGUCACUUUUAAGGAAUAUCAAACUCACCUUUACAGCCGCACGCACAAAGCGAAGAUGCGCCUGCUCGCGGUCAAAUGUCGCGAGCGGCUGAUCGAGAUGCGUUCCGCCCAGCGCAAUGCCCAGAAGGACGAGGACGAAAAGUCCGAAGACGGUGCGGAUGGUGAAGAUGGAACCGGUGGCAAGCAGCGGCCUGGAUUCUGCAUGCUGUGCCGUCUAAACUAUCGCCAGCCGCGCAUCAUCCACCAGCAGUCCGAGGGCCACAAGGAGAUGAAGAACUUCCUCAUGCCGUCCUGCUACGUGUGUCGCAUCAACUUCAAGAGCCCGAUGGCGUACGAAACGCACCGGGCGUCGCUGGAUCACCUGAAGAAUAAGGCUCGCGUCGUGCGAUACGCAUCGGAGUCGAAGGGUGACGAUUCCGGGGACGAGCUGACGGGCGAUAUGGUCGAUCUGGACAGUUUGACCAUCGUUGACGAGGUGGGCAAGGUGGACGAGAUCUGCGAACCGGGCGUGGAAAAGGAAUCGGGUGGUGCAUCUUCGUCGGCGGUGGCAAUCAAGCGUGAGCACGAUAGUGCCGGUGGGCGGGCGACCGGCGGCACGGACGAGGAUGACGAUGAGGACGAUGAUGAAGUCGGCGACGAGGACGAUAUUUCCAUGGUAAUUGGCCAGGAGUACGUGAAGCUGGUGGAGGUACAGUUUUGCGAAUUGUGCAACAUUUACCUGCAUGAACAGGCAAGUAGGGGAUUAGGUCAGGAAGAUACGCUGCGCGACCACUGCAAGAAACCGUUGCAUCUGAGGAACUACAUACGCAUCCGCAACGAGAGGAAGCUGCGCGAGCGGGCAGAACGGAUCCACAAGAAAAAGAUGAAGGGUGACAAGGGAUCCACACACUCCAAGAAGGGUGAUGAAAAAAAAUCAAAGGAAUCUAGCACUGCCAGCGGAGGAGCAGGAACUGUGGAAUCAAAAACGGCUACACCAGCGGCUAACGCUGCCAACAAUGGGACAGCAAGCACCACUUCGACAGCAACGGAAGGAGCUGCAACUGAAAAGAAGCCCGAAUCGAACGAAGCUUCGAAUAAUUCAAAAUCUGGAACCAAUGCCGGAGCCGCCAAAUCAACAACCAAUAUCAAGGAGGAGCCGGCCGUUGGUGGUACCGUUCCGUCUGAUGAAAUCCUCUCCCUGGACGUAAGCAAAGACGCCGAUACGGCCUCCCUCGGUGGGGAUGUCAAUACGGCGCUGAUCGACGACAAGCUGAUGUGGCAAGAGGUGGAUAACGACGAGCUGGGUGAGCUGCUGCGCGACGUUAACGAAGCGGAGGAAGAGGAUGAUGACAAAACAAGUCUCGAGCGGUACGACAAGUUCCGGCACACGGAAAAGAACGGUCUCGAGCAAACCCUCGCGGCCGACGGUGCCGGGGAGGAGGAAGACGAUAGCGUCGACACCAGUGGUGGAGUCAACAAGAACACCGGUCUGGCAAAGUCGGCCACCAACGGUGACGCUGGCGAUGGGGAAACAAACAAGGAAAAAGUUGACGCUGUCUAGGGCGCGUAAAGGGAUUAGGGACAAAAGGAUAGGAAAAGUUAGCUUCUCCCAAGGAGACAACGUAAGAAAGAGGCGCUCAACUCGUAAGUGACUCUACACUUGUUUGCGUUCGCGUGCGUUUAUAAGAUCGACCAUAAUGCACUAGAUUACGGCAAAUUUAGAACUUAACGAAACGUUAGUAAGUUUGGACGUGUUUUUUUCUUUUAUUUUGACUUCAAUGUUUAUCCCAAUUUAAAAACUGAUCAUGAACUUGCUUUUACCCUGUCAAUGAAGGGUAUAGUAUAA